AAUGGCAACCGAGCUUCAUGAUAUAAUAUUAUAAUUCCAUCAUCAAUAUUUUAUGACCUGAUUAUCAAAUUAUACAUGGAGCUGCACUCUUUUAAUUCAUAUUAAUCUGCCUGCCUGCCUGCAUUAUCUCAUCCAAGAGAAAAUAUAUAUACACAUAAAUCAAAAUAUAUGAUCGUAUAUAUAAGCUGUUACGACAGCAAUCAGAUGUUAAGUUUCUGUAAAUUAGUUAUGUUGUUUCACCAAAUGACACAGUUUGAGGCAUUGACUUGAUAAAUUCGGACAAGGGUUACAUAGUAUGCAAAAUUUGCUUAAGGGAUUAUUUUUGUUGUUGCUGAUCAUCCAUAACGUGUUGGAUUCAGAUACCUAGUAGACUCUCCUCAGCAGUCAUCUUUCUGUUUGAUGGAGAGCGCGGAAAGUGUUGAAGAUAGCUCUCUUCCUGAAUCAUCACUAGCUUCCGUAAACAAGGAUCAACCGUGUACUGAAGUUCCUAAAAUUGGUGAUACUGGUGUGAAGGUUGUACUUGAAUUGCGCGUAUCAGUGACAGGCGGCUCAAAUUUGGUCAAUGUGCAAGAUCCUUCCAGUAGCAUGACUCCUCAACAGGGCCAAGGUCUUCUGGGAGAAAACGCAGGUGUAGAGAGAACACAAAAUCACGAGGGCUUUGUAACUGCAGCGUAUCCUAGGCUUAGAGUUAGGAAAGAUUCUAUCGACAGACUUCCAGAGGAGCAGAAAGUCAGUGGGACUGAACCUCCGGGGUAUGUGGCUAUAUAUCCUCAGAUUAAAGUUUCAGAAGGUAUAUCUGAAGAGGAAGCCUCAGUUUCAUCAAGUAACAGUGAAAGUCUAAGUGAUUCUCAAGAUGAGGAGAAUAUAGCAUCUUCUUCAGAGUACAAUAUUGUGACAGAAAAAACAACGGAAGGAAGUUCAUGUAAUAGAAAUUAUGUCCAACACCAAUAUGUUUUUGACUUGCCUAUUACAGUUGAGCAGGAUGCAUCGUCUACUUCAGGUAGAGCGGGCAUAGUAGAUUUUGAAGACGAAUUCAGGGAAUUCAAUUCAUCAAAUACGCCAGUAACGAAAGCAAAGAGUAAAUUAUCAUCAUCACAAGAUGGUGAUUUUGUUACUUAUGCUCAAGGUCGGGUUAGUAAUGUAAACAAAAUUCCAGCAUCAGCCUCUCAGGUGAGGGGAACUAAGUCUCGUCAUAGGAGACAGAUAUAUGGUGAGGUUUCGCAGGCCAAUCACGCAGAUCAUAUUGAUACAGCAGCACCAUACGAAUCUGCUAAGGGAGUAGUCAUCAAGUUUGGGGGAAUUGUUAAGUGGAAUCCCCAUAUAGUGCAGAGAGUGGAGAAGCGAAAAGCGAUAGAAGAAGAACUUGAGGCCGUGCAUCGGGAGGUACAAUGGUUUAGGAAACAGUCCGAGGCUGCUGAAAAUGACAAAGUGAAAGUUUUGAAGGCGCUCAAGAGCAGUAAGAGACUUAUCGAAGAAUUGAAUCUGUACCUAGAGAGAGCACAAAUGGAAGAGCUUCAAGCAAACCAGGACUUUGAACUGGCAAGCCUCAUGGUGGUAGAGAUGGAACAAGGAAUUGCUGAUGAGGCUCGUAAUGCAGCUAAGGCACAGUUUGAGGUUGCUAAAGCAAGGCAUGAUGCUGCUUUAUCGGAGCUGGAAACUGUAAAAGAAGAGUUGAUUACAGUACGGAAAGGUUAUGCUACUCUCGUAACUGAAAGAGAUUUGGCUGUGAAAAAAGCUGAAGAGGCCAUUUUUGCAUUGAAAGAUAUUAAAAAGGCAGUUGAGGAAUUGACUGCUGAGCUGAUUUCAACAAGAGACUCUCUAGAAUCUCAGCAUGCUACUCUUUUAGAAGCCGAGAAACAAAAAAAUGGGGCAGCUUUGGCAUUAGAGCAAGAUACUUCUGAUUGGGAAAAGGAAAAGAAGCAGGUAGAAGAGGAGUUCAUGAAACUACAUCAGAAUAUUCUUUUAGCAAAGGACCUCAAGUCAAAACUAGAUGCUGCUUCAGCUUUGCUACGGGACUUGAACUUUGAGUUAGCUGCAUAUAUGGACUCAGACAUGAGCUUAGAGUCUGAAGAACAUUCAAGUGGCAAAAUUGUUGGGCAGGACAAAGAGACACAUAGUCAUAUACAAACAGAGGUCUCUUUGGCUAAAAAGAAGUAUGAAGAAGUGAAACUCGACAUUGAAGAAACAAAGGAGGAAAUUAGAUUGUUAAAAGCUGCUGCCACUUCACUAAAUUCAAAAUUAGAAAGUGAAAAAUUUGAACUAGCUGCCCUUGAGCAGAGAGAAGGAAUGGCAUCAGUUGCAGUUGCAUCUAUUGAAGAUGAGCUCAGCAGGACUAUAGAUGAGAUUGCUAUGGUUCAAGUAAAGGAGAGAGAAGCGAGAGAGAAGAUGGGGGAGCUGCCCAAGAAAUUACAAAAGGCUUCUGAAGAAGCAGAUCACGAAAAGUCACAUGCUCAUGCGGCUCACGGAGAGCUCCAAAAGGCACAGGAGGAAGUGGAGUAUGCAAAGGCUGCUGCAAGUACUGUACAGAGUAGAUUACUUGCAGCUCAAAAGGAGAUAGAGGCUUCAAAGGCAUCAGAAAAGCAUGCUCUAGCAGCUCUCAGUGCACUGCAAGAGACCGGAGCAGUUCAAACUCUCAACAAUGAUCAAAUAACAUCUGAAGUUACACUUCCGCUAGAGGACUACAAUGAGCUGAAUAAGCAGGCCCAAGAUGCAGAAGAGCAGGGUAACCAGAGAAUUGCUGACGCCCUCUCUCUGGUCGAGAAAGCAAAAGAAACUGAGCUGCAAAACUUGACCAAAUUGGAGAAAGUUAAUUCGGAAUUAGCUACUCAGAAGGACAGAUUAGAAUUCGCAAGGGAGAAGGCAGAAAAGGCCAAGGAAGAGAAACUGGGCAUAGAACGGGAACUGAGAAAGUGGAGGGCUGAACAUGAGGAACGACGAAAAGCUGAUAAGUCUAGUCGAGGAGCUGUUAUUCCAAGUAAGAGCCCUGAAGCAAGUUUUGAGGGUAAAAUUACGGAGGUGAGUGAAAAUAGUAAUCCACCAAGCUUUGAGGUGAAAAAUGCAGCGCAAUAUCUUAACAAGGCACCAAGUGCUGCUGUAGCUACUCAACACACGCAAAGCCCAGUAGUAUAUGAGCCACGACGCAGUGAAUCUGAUUCAUUUGCUGAUGGGAGUCUUGCAAAGAAAAAAAAGAAGUCCAAAUUUUUUCGGUUUUUCUCGUUUUCGGGCAAAAGGAAAAAAAAAACACCAUCCUAGCGUUCUCCUUCCAGCACAUUAUGGUGAUGGAGAUAUUCAAUCCUAUCUUCAGUGCCCAAGUUGUUGAAUUAACCAGUUUCAGGGAUCUUAAUGCCAUAUCAUUUCUUCCCUGCA